UCGGGCCCACGCGCACACGAAAUCCACAUAUUCGCAAUAUGCUUUCGCACAAACGCAAACACCAUUCUCAAACAAAAUCCUUUUAUAGUCAACUACGACCGCUCUAUAAAUAAAGCUAACGGGUAGCCUGUGCGUAGCUAUCUCGCGAAUCUGUGCAUUAUUUUGGUGUAAUGGACUGUUUAGAAUUUUGAACUGUAUAAGGAGAGCGAACGUCUGCAGGCAUAGUUCCGUGUUAGUUGAGAAAAUACUAAAUAGUGUCACGUGCCGACGUUAAGAUAAGGAGGCUCUUACGUUGGAACAAUGUAUGUGUAAUACACAGAGUUAAUGAAUACUAACUGAAGAAAGCUUGACGUCUAGCCAGUGCGAACCAAUGAAGUGAAGUGUAUCGUGUUGAUUAAUAUUGAAAUAAUCUGUAGUGAUAUUUUUUUUUUAUUUACAAUGUACCGGAACGGACAUAUACCAAGUAAUAAUAGCAGUGCAUCAACAUCUUCAGGAAGCUCAGAUUUUCAGGUGUCUGGCGCCAUAGAGUUGGCAGACCCGGCCAAUGCAGCACAACUAUUAGAACAGUUACAAAACUCGGACCGAGCAAGAUUUACGGAUACUAGUUGGCAAAUACAUCGCACCUGGACCCGCAAUGGCGACCCGCUUCCGCUGUCGCUGCCGCCCACCCGUUCUAACCCCGCUCCGCUCAUCACUUCAGUCGCUGCCGAAAAUAUACCAAACGUGGAUCAAAAUGGAAUUUAUGAUACCAUAACAACACGAACUGUUAGCGCCCCUGCUACUCCUGCAGGCUUCACGAGAGAACAGACUGGGCCACGUUCGGUGAGCUACUCCGGAGGCGGGGCAGCGGACUCCCGGCUAGACUUAUGCUAUGUGGCGGAUCGCAUGCUUGCCUUACAUCUACCUGUACGUGAUGCACAAGCUGAGGCACAAGCGGCACAUAUGCUUACUAACAAGCAUGGAGAACAUUUUAUGGUGUUCGAAGUGAGCAGCGGCGAUGGCAGUAACGAAAACCGAGCGCGAAACGUGUUCGGACGGGCCAAACUGCUGGGAUGGAUGGGUGACCUAGCGCCGCCUCUGGAAAAACUAUGUGCAGCCUGUAAACACAUUGAGAGCUGGCUCGCCGCGCAUCCAAAGAAUGUAGCAAUAUUAUUAGCGUGGGGUAAUCGAGAAGGACUAGGAGUUUUGGUAGCAGCGUACAUGCACUAUUCUGCGAUCUGCGGGGCUCCAGAGCAUGCGUUAGAUAGAUUCGCCAUGAGAAGAUACCUUGACGAUCGGGUACCGGUCUUCGGAUUACCUUCAAAUAAACGGUACAUAGACACAUUCGCGGGCCUGCUAGCUGGCCAGAUCCGAGUAAACGCUGCUCCGCUUCAUUUAACCCACGUUAGCGUCGCUGGUUCUCUGGCCUCCCCCGCCACUCCUACUAUAGCAUUCCUCAAGAUUUAUGAGAACUUUGUCUGCGUUUACACAUCAGGUUUAUACAUGGUGAGCGGGGGUGGCUGGACGGUGGGCGUGGGGCGGCUAGCGUUGCGCGGCGAUGUGCUCGUACGCGCGUACCGAAGACCUGCGCACGCGCGCGCUCCUCCGCGAACGCUGGCUUUCGCGUGCCAGUUUCACACUUGCGCUGUUGCUGACCACACUUUGUCUUUUACUAAACAACAACUCGACCACGCUGCGCAUGAUCCUUCAUUCCCAAACGAUGGUGCCGUGGAACUAGUAUUCGCGCGAGGUGAGGGCACAGGAGGCGCUGCGCCCGCGCCGACGCCCGCGGCGCCACUGCGCGCCGCCCCCGACGCACUCGCCAGGGCCGACUCACUCGAACACUUGAGGCCACUCUCCACACUCACUGACGACGAUAAUGGCGAGAACAACGGCAGCGCUGAGGGUUCAGGUUCGAGCGGAGAGGCAGGCGAAGGGAGUGAGGCCGCUCAUACGUUUGGACCUCUGGACGGGUCCAUCUACGCAACAGUGGUGCGCGCGGGCGGCGGCGGUGGUCCUGCUUCGCCUCUUAGCGCCUCAAUGGACUCGGGCAUAUCGUCAGCGGGGCGCCGCGCCGCCCCCAGUCCGCCAGAUGAGCUCGACACGCUACUCGGCGAUAUGCUGCGUACGGUGAGCGCGCUGCCCGACCCGCCACCCGUGUCCGGCGGCUCGCAGUCGCACGCCGACCGAGCCUCCGACAUACCGUACCACGCGCGCGCUGACUCCGCGCCUUUCACGUACGGAGCACCAGGCCUCCGACCAGGCAUGCUACGAGCUUCUAAUCGUCUCGCCAGCCCCGAGUUAGUGAGGCGAGCGCUCGGAAACGACAGAAACUAUAGACCUAUAGAAGAUGAUGAUGAUGAGCGAACAGUUACUCCCGAGCCGCAAUCUCCGCGCACCCCGUUGUCUCCUCGCACCCUUCGAAAGCUUACACACGAAGAUGUUACUACAACUACCACUACGACGCCGCCAUCAGUUUCCCCACGGCCUAACGGAAGAUGGUUGAACGGCGAAACAGAUUGGAGAGAACGACCGCCAAGUAGUACAAGAAAAACACCAGACAAUACGAACUGGCGAUCAGCUAGUACAUUAGAUUGGCGCGAAAACUCCCGACUAAGGGAACCCCGAAGAUCUGAAAGUGGCGUGGAGAGUACCGGCCUAACUUGGUUACAGAGGCAACAGCAAAAGCUACGAGAAAGAAAAGAAGCCAGGGAAAGAGUCGCUCGACUACCGCUCGAGUGGGAUACUGCCCCUUCUCAUAACGUUCGCCGCUCUGCCAGCCAUCGUGUUGAUGGCUAUACCAGUGAUACGACAGCAUUCGCAGAUGAUGACGACGACUUUAGCGUACCUUUACAUGUUAACACAACACGUUCAACUCUCCGAACAGAUAGCAUCAGUCCGCAAGCACCUGACAGAACCUCUUCUAAAAAGUUUAUGUACGAAAAGAUGACGAUGCGAGAAUGGAGUACAAAUACUACGCCAACAAGUACUCCAGUGCCGGGAUUGCUAUCUUUAGCGGAGCCACUUAAUAAUGACACUAUCAUCCGUGAGCGGUCGGAGAGCUGGUCGCGCACAGAGUCGCGCGCGGGCACGCCCGCGUUUCCGACUCACCCGCGCACGCCGUACCCGCCGACGCCCACGCCUUCGAUCAGCGCGCGCCCUCCGCGAUCGCCGCCAGUCACAAGAAAAGAGCGCGAAAGCAGCCCUGAAGUGGAGUAUCGCACGUACAACGGUAGUAUCGGUUCGCGGCGGUCGAGCCUCGGGGGCAGCGCAGAGCCGCAGCACGUGGCGCCCGAUCGGGUGCGCUUCGCCAGGGACACCAGCCACUACUGGUACAAGCCGAACAUCUCCAGGGACGACGCUAUAUCAGCGCUACUACCACUGGAGGAAGGCGCGUUUAUCGUUAGAGACUCGAAUUCAUUCCCGGGAGCAUUUGGUCUGGCGGUUCGCGCGGGUGGUGCUGGCGGAGUCAGGCAUUUCCUCAUUGAACCGACAGCGAAAGGAGUUCGAUUGCGAGGCUGUCCUGAUGAGCCUGUGUUCAGCUCAUUGUCAGCUCUCGUAUACCAACACACAGUUACCCCAUUGGCUCUUCCCGUACCGCUAAGGUUACCCGAAAGAGAUCUAUGGACAGGUGGAUCAGCGAAUGCGGCUGCGCGGGCACUGCUAGCGACAGGCGCAGCUUGUCAAGUUCUCCUUCUAGGUUCAGAGAAUACUGAGGCCUUAACGGGACCCGCAGCAGUGAAGAGAGCUGUACAGAAUAUAUUACAUAAAAAGUUGCCUGCAUACGUAGUAAAUUUCAAAGUGUUCGGCGGUGGCAUUACGCUGACGGACUCGGCUCGUAAGCUGUUCUUUAGGCGACACUAUCCGGCCUCUGGUGUUUCUUACGCUGGCCUGGAUCCCGACGGCAAACGAUUUACCUACAUAGACAAUGGGAAACAAAGUGAAAAGAACAUCUUCGCUUUCGUGGCGCGUGCUUCAUCCGGAGCCGACAAUCAAUGCCAUGUUUUCGCUGAGCUCGAGGCAGAGCAACCGGCCACAGCUAUCGUCAAUUUUGUCAAUAAGGCUCUACUUGGAAACACGCAAAAGAAGGAUAUUAUUUAAUUUCACAUAUGAACCUGUUUUUACCAUAAAUGCAGUACAAUACUUAAUAUGAUUUAUUUAUAUAAAGUUUAUGUAAUACUCAAAUGUGUUAAACACGUGAAAUUUAAUAGGUAUGACUCCGUUAAAAGAUAUCUGAAAAUUAAUCAGUUUUAAAUAUUUUUUUACUAAAAUGUCUUAUUAAACUAUAUAUUCUUUAGGAGUACCAUUUUCUUGUAUAAUUUUUCACAUUGAACUUGGUCAUUGUGAACUUUUAAUUUUGUAGAUAUUUAAUAUUCAAAGAUUUCCCUACCAAUACGCUUCAUUAUCACCAAGUACAAUUAACCAUCGGUGUGUAAGGUAAAUAUAAAUAUUGUAAUAAUAUAAAAUAUAUAAUAAUAUCUAGUUUAAGAAAAGAACUAACUAGUCUCAUAUUAAUUUAAUAUUAGAAUAAUAAAAUCAUGCGUGCCUAAUGUUUAGUAAGGUGACUGACACCAGUUCAUUUAACGCAUUUUUAUCUCGCCAGUCUCACCAUAUAGGUGUAAAAAGAUAAUUUUAAAUAUUUGGGAGUAGUCACAUAAUAUCUAUAAUAUAAAAUGCCUUUACAAAUAGAAACUUAUGUAUUCAGAAUAGAAAUCAUCAAUUCAUUAUUCGAAGUUUCUUUGCCAUGUUAUUAGACAUAUAUAAAAUUUAUUCAUUCCCAGUGAGUACAACGAAUAAUUUAGUGUGACUUAUUUAGAUAUAUUCAUCCUAAAUGUACAAUAGAAAAGUUUGAAGCUUUUGUUCACUUUAUCAUUAAAACAUUGGAAUCAUGGAAAUAAAUUAGCUAUGAUUUUUUAUGAAAUAAACAAUUUGCUGUUGUUAAUGAUCUAGAUAAUUAUAUUUUUAUUAAUGUUGCAAUUCGUGAAUUCAUGGCCUUACUACAACGAUAGAAAUAUUAGAAAUUUUAAGGGGGGAAUAUUUGUGUUAGAAAUAUAUAAAGUUUAAUGAAUCUUACAAUUAUUUGGAACUCAGAGAUAUAGUUAUAUGCCUAAAAUACACGAAAAUAGUGUAUUGUACACUGAUAUUUGCAGAUUUCGUUAGUCGAAAUGUAACACGUUUAUUGUAAUUAAUCUGUUUAAAAAUAUUUAUUGGUUAAAUUACAUAUUUCGAAAUAUUA